UGGCUCGAAGACCGGGGAGCGUUCACAGAAAGGCGUCCGGUUUUCCAUGGCGAACAGGGAUAUGGAUCAACAACGCAUGCGCGGAAUGCUUGAACCACUUCAGCAGCAGGACCCAGCGAUUACACAGAUUGUAACUUAUUCGAAGUUUGUGGUUGCGUACCUCUUACAGCACGAUGGCGCCAGCCCUGGUUGGCGAAAGGCCAACAUUGAAGGGCCAGUAUACGUUGUAAAGCGGAGUACUGCUCCACUGUAUCGGAUCAUUGUGAAGAACCAAUUCAGCACCACUGACUUGAUCGAUGAUCUGCACCCUGAGUGGGAGCUGGACUGCCAAAAGAACUACAUCUUCUACAAGAUUGAAGAUCCGAACAAGCAGAUUCGAGGCCUGUGGUUCCACAAUGAUGCGGAGCGUGUGAAGGUUGAGACCAUGCUUGAGCAAACCAUGGAAGAGCUUCGAAACAAGGGCAGUGACUCAAAGGCUGCUCCAGGUCUGGUUCGUGGAGAUCCCCCUUCUGCCAAUGGGGAUGCGUUGGCUCGUGCAGCGGAUGACGCUGACAGUAUCGUGAUCAGCCGGGAAUCAGUUCGCUCAGCACUCCAUCAGCUUGCUGAUGAUGACAGUUUCCUGGACCUUGUAUGGCAGAAGCUGAAGGCAAAGUGAAACGGCCUAGCACUCAGCAUUGUUUGCUUAGUGCAGAAUGCUCAGAUUUUCACGCUGUCCUCCUCGCCAUCUUGGAGAACAUAUCUUCCAGUUACCUUUAUCGUCCUUUCAAGAUGCAAUGCAAUCUGACCGAUCCACGUAGUCAUCGGACUUUGGGAUUUUAUGCUCCCCAAUUCUAUGAAGCUGACGAUCUUCUUUUCAACUGACCAACCGUGGGCGUGCAUCAAAGUGCUUCCUAGUAGCUUCUAGCUACUAGUAGCGAUGCCCUUGUUACUAGUAGUUUCUUGCUACUAGUAGUAAUGCCAGGAGCUACUAGUAGCUUCUUGUUACUAGUAGUAAGGUGCCUUGUUCCUAGUAGCUUCUUGCUACAGGGACUCGCUUUCUUUGGACCGGUCGACGGGUCGCGCUCAAAUCAGGCAUAGACAGCCAGACGGAAGUGAGGCGCAGCGGUAGUCGAGUCUGUGACCGUCUGUGACAGUCUGUGACUCCAGAAGGCUCAGUUUACACAAGGCAAUGAUACGCAAUUCCCACUUG